AAGAUAGUGAAUAUAUAUAUGGUAUAUACUUCAGGAAACGAAUUGACUCGCAUUACUCAUGGAUUUUACUGCAUUUUCACUGCAUUUUGUGUGUCUGUCAUUGUCCUUUGGCACAAGUUUCGCCAUUUUACGGCAUGGCCUAAAUGAUUGCAGUCACCCGGAAAGCGUUCCGUAUAACCGUAAGGUUCUUAAAAGUAAAUUGGUUCCGUUUCAACAGUAUUCAUACUUUCAUGGUUGGGUUACUAAGUACAGGCAUCAAUAUGUCUAUGAAGAUGAGACUGCCUACAGGACCGUAAUGAGACCCAGUUGCUGUGAGGGCUACGAAGGAUCCGUUGAGAACUGCAAACCUGUCUGCAGACAACAGUGUCCUCAACAUGGAUUCUGCUCGUCCCCCAAUACUUGCAGUUGCAAUGCGGGCUACGGCGGUAUCGACUGCCAUCCCGUUUGCCCAACGGUAUGUGGAAAAAACGAGUUUUGCGAUCGCCCCGGAGUCUGUAGCUGCCAAAAUGGCUACAAACGAACUUCUCCCAGCGACAAUUGCCUUCCAGUUUGCGAAAAGGAAUGUGGACACCAUAGCUUUUGCUCGGAGCCCGGGAAAUGCGAAUGUGAACCUGGGUACGAGAAAGUGGGAAACGGCACCGUCUUUCCAGAUGGAUACAAGAACAAUUCAAAUGGCAAUUGCUCGCCCAUUUGCCCAAAGGAUUGUGGCCAAAACAGCCGAUGUGUGAGGCCAGGUGUGUGCGAGUGUGAAAAUGGAUAUGCCGGUGACGACGGAGGCACCAAUUGCCGACCCGUGUGCUCCACUUGCCCGGAGAACGGAUUAUGCUUGAGUCCCGGCGUUUGUGUCUGCAAGCCGGGCUACGUAAUGAGAAAUGAUCUCUGCCAGCCGCAUUGCGAAAAGUGCUCGGAUAACGCACACUGCGUGGCGCCCAACCAAUGCGAGUGCUUUCCGGGCUAUGAGUCGUCGGGGGCGGACAAGAAGUGCGUACCCAAGUGCAGCAAGGGAUGUACCAACGGCUUUUGCUUUGCACCGGAGACUUGUGUUUGCAGUAUUGGCUAUCAAAUGGGUCCCAAUCAAGUCUGUGAGCCAAAAUGCAGCCUAAACUGUGUUCAUGGCAAGUGCACCAGUCCAGAAACCUGUACCUGCGAUCCGGGUUAUCGCUUCAAGGACAACUCCCAUCACGAAUGCGAUCCUAUUUGCGACAGUGGCUGCAGCAACGGACACUGUGUGGCACCCAAUUUUUGUAUAUGCCACGAUGGCUAUCAGCUCAAUAGCACAAAUCCUGUCACUUCUAUGUGUCAGCCGAUCUGCAAAGGCUGCCAAUUCGGAGACUGUGUGGCACCGAAUGUGUGCGAGUGCAACGUGGGCUAUGAGAAUAUUAACGGACUAUGCGAGUUACAAACCACGACGGACUCCUAUGAAUACAGCACCACAACUGUGGAGUUGCAAUCAUCAACUGUAGACCCUCAACUGCAGACAUCAACCAGCGAGGUUCCGCACUCAAAUUGCACUGCCGGUUGCAUGUGCUGGAUUGAAUACGAUGGGAUGGGUACUUUCAAUACAGCCAAGUGUGCCAAGAUCUGUGUUGAUCCCCAGGACAAGCCGUGCCUCAAUUUGGACAAUUGCCAAUGCGAUUUAUCGAGUGGUCAACUGGUGUGCCAAGAGGAUAGUGACAUGGAUUACAGCGGGGAGAAUUCGCGAUACGUUUGUCAUAUUUUGCCAGAGCAGGGGGCAAGAUCAGAGGCUGAGGUACGGAUUCCUGACCGAACUGGAUCGUCUAACAAGUGGAUGAUUAUCGUAGGCUCCUGCGCUGGAAUGAUCAUUGGUGUGGCCGCCACAAUCAUUGGCAUAAAGUACUAUCGACGUUCUACCUCUAGGCGAAAUUUUGAAGCCGAAGAAGCCAUUGUUGAAUGUGAUUUUGAAUAGUUUGAAUCCACACAAAAUCACUUAUCCUUUCAAAAUCGCUUGUAAAAUUGUUAAAUUACUUGAAUUAAAAAAUGUAAUAACAUGAAAUAAAUUUAUAAUAAUAAUUAUAAUAAUUAUUUGUUGGUAAUGUCCUCAAGCUUAAAAGAAUAACUGGACCAUUUAGGUACGGAAUGCAGGACUCACUAUAAAUGUAAGCAAAUGUCAAUUGUGCUUACUUAAAGUUGACUAUCUAGGUUUCAUCAAAAGAGGGUACUUUACAAGUACGAGAUAUAUAUUACGUCUAACUGUAAUAGUUAAGAAGAUUUAUACGAAUACUUUACGAGUACUGGAAAAGAAAACGCUGAUACCAACCAGUCGUAUCAGCGUUUCCUUUUUCAGUACUUGUCAUAUAUGUAUCUAUUCCCAUACAGAGUUUCUGUGUGGUUAAUCAAUCCAAUAGAUAAAACGCACGCUUUAAUAAAUCGUGAUAUCAAACAUAUAUUUUGGCCAAACACUUCCUCCACACGGAGGAGCUUUCAAUAGCUGUUGUAAAGGCAGAGUUUUUGUAAUGCUCUAAAACUGUAUAACUUUUCAUAAUAACAAUACAAUGCAAAAAAACCGGAAACUUGCAGUUUUAUAAACUGAUCAAAUCCGUGAAGUAUUGGUAUGACAACCCCUUUGUUUUUCAAUACCUUUCGUUUUGUGUUUGGAGUUUUAAGUUUGGACAACCACAGCAAUUUUUUGUUUAUUUACAUUAAAAUAGUUUGUUCAUCACUAUAUAAGGGAAAUUAUUUCUUUUUAAAAAAUUAUUUUUGUAUUAACCAUUAUCAUUAGUUACAGGAAACGUUUGGAAUGACACACAAAAGUGAUUGAGUCAUAUUUACUACUAAAUCAUUGGAGGCCUGUUAAGCAUACAUACAUACAUAUAUAAUAUGUAAUAUUUAAAAUAUGUAAAAUGUUCGCGGACUAAUAAAACGACUGAGAUCAACUGAUUUGUAAUCCUCAUAUUUUUUAGAAUGAGAAAAAAGUUGUAAGUCAACCAAAACAUACCACUCAAUAAAUUCAUAAAAUGAACUCGACGAGCUUAACGUUU